UUGGCAGGCGUGACUCCAACCCAAGGGGGGUUCCUGAACCUGAGCAAGAUGAUCAGGCAAAUGACUGGGAAGAUCGCCUUCUUCAACUACUGGUCCUAUGGCUGUCACUGCGGACUUGGUGGCACCGGCCAGCCCAAAGAUGCCACAGACUGGUGCUGCCAGAAGCAUGAUUGCUGCUACACCCACCUGAAGUCCCACCAAUGCCGGUCGCAGACAGAUUACUACAAAUACACCAUUUCCCAGGGCAACAUCCAAUGCUGUGAGUGCCCUGGCCUCAGCGAUGGAGGGAGUUUUGGCCCUCACUGCCGUUAUAGGCUGAGUGACAAUGCAUAAGGACUCAGCCUCUCU